GACAAGAUGAAAUUCCUGCUGGAGAAGCCAGCACGUUUUCAGUUGUGCCAGGAAUGGUUCGAUUUGAGCCAAGGUGUGAGUCAUCCCAUUAUUGGAUGCUUGCAAGAGUUGCAUGUGCUCGCUGUAGGCGACACAGAGCAAUACCAAAAAUUGCAAGCCACGUCCUAUUGGAAAGCAAGCCACGCGCUUGUAAGCCUUGAGUGCUCAGAACUUGUUUGUCUCCCUGUGCAGAAGGCUUUGCUCAGGGACCUUGCCAAAAUGCUAAAUUUUCCGGAGGGAAGUGCAGACUUGACGCAAGCUGUGUUUGUAGAGCUUAGCAGCGAGAAGCUGGGCAUUGCCCCAGCGGCCGACCCACAGAACCAUUUUGAUGAAAACAUGGAUAUUGCUCUGAUGAAGCAGUAUGCGCGCAUCAUUGCGUCCCACGUGAAGAAGAGCAGUUUGCCGCAUCUUGCGGCAAUCUUGCAACAUGUGAAAAGCAAGACCGACAAUCAGAGCAAGGAGGAAAUGGAAGUUAAGCAGCCAGAUCAGGCCAAGGUUACUGGCCCUUCAGUAGAAAAGCCAGACCAAGUGUAUGCCGUCGGAGACCUAGUCCGAACAAAAAGCCGCAAGGCAAAGUACAACGACAUGAAGGGCGAAGUAGUGAAAGUCUUGAAGAGUAAUGUCAGGGUCAAAUUGGACUCGGGGGAAGUCAAAGAUUUCCCGAUGACUUCAGUUGCUAUGUGGGUGGAUCCGGCUCCAGCAGGUUCAGGUGGUAGGAAGCGUACAGCUGAAGACGCUGAGCUCAAAUCGCCAGACCUUACGCAGAAGCUCUUCGGAAACCUGUCGGACUUGUGA